CCUCAUACACUGCUGACCCUGGAUACGAUCUGGCUGUACGUGUGCGGAAUCGACCCGGCCUCCGGGGGCAGGCUGCCCAGUCGACUGUGUGUCAUCCCCGAGGCUCUUACUUGUCUUCUGGAGAUGGUCCGUGCUCACCUCAACUACGAAAGCGGCUCGGAGCAGCCGCUGACGCUGCUGCAGUUCGUGCUGUACCUCUACCACCACUGCACGGAGAUGCGGCCCGUGCUGAUGUCGGUGGAGGUUCUGACAGUUCUGGCCGGUACCCUGUUCCCGUACAGAGUGGGAACGGAGAGCAGUCCCACCACCCCACUGGAUGACACGAUGGGUCUGGGUGACGCGGUGCUGGUGAGCGGCGCAGAGGCCUCUGACGCCAUGCUGACGUCCCACCCGGCCAGUAAAUACGUGCUGGAUCUGCUGAGAAUUGUCACUGUCGACUCUCUAUCACUGGCGCCGAGCAAGACGGCGCCGCCGCUGGUCGAUAUACUGCUGGAGGUGACCCCGGAGAGCACCACGCUGGCUCAGCAGAUGUCCUUCCAGACCAAGAUUCUCUCGCUGCUUAUGGAUCAUCUCACAGCAGCCGACGUACUCAUCGGAGAACAAGCCGCUCUGCCCAUCUCGCCGGGAGGCAGCGUCCAGAACGUCCCCGGAAAUGUGUUCUACUUCGCCGGCAGACUGGUGGACAAGCUGUGGCAAGGCAUCUUCAAGCGUGACGCCCACGAGGUACUCGACUUCAUCAUCAAGCUGAUCGGUCAGGCUCGCCGCUGGUCCCAGACCCUCCCUCUGGACAGCGUGUACCACUGCCUGAACCGGGCGGUGCUGUAUAUCCUCAGUCGUCCCACCGACUCCGUGGGCGAGCAGCUGAGGGUCCUGGAGGCGCUGCACACGCUCACCAAUCAUAGGAGUCUGGUUUUCGGCUCCGGGAACCACGACUCGGAGUUUUUCGGCGCGCUCGUCUACUGCCUGCUGCAGCUGACAGGAGGACUGAAAAUCAUCACCGAGGCGGAAUCACGGACGGUGUGGCACGCGAUCCCCUCGACUCUGGACCCGGAGACGAACCCCAACACGGCACAGGGACAUAACCUGAUGGCCAACGCGGCACGGAGAGUGUGGUCCGAGCUCUACAUAUGGAAACGGCCCGCAGUGGAGGAGGUGUUCAAGGUGAGCCUCCCUCUGGAAAACAACACGGCACCGGACCUGGACACUGUCCGCGCCAGUCUCCAGGACCCGGCCACACGGCUCUGGGUGGCCUUCCUGGAGGGAGAGAAGAAGUGCUCCUACCGCCCGCCCUGGGAGAUCCAGGCGCAGCUCCAGACUGUGAGCAGCAAGCUGCAGCGUGUGACGGGCGGCCUGAGCCGGCUGGCACAGCGCACCCGCUCCCGGCGCGAGGACUCUGUGCGCGCCCGACCCUCGCCGCUGACUCCGGCAGAGGUGGAGCUCUGGACUCUGCAGCACAUCGCCGGAGUCAGGGAGUCGGUGGUGACUCAGUUCAGACAGUUCAAACAGAGCCAGAAGUACAUGGAGGACUUUAUAAUGGACGAGUGGCUGCGAAUGGAGCGAGAGCUGACCAGAGAGAGGGGCCUGUGGGGGCCCGAGGUGGCCAGCAGUCUGGACAAGUGGCAGCUGGACACUACUGAGGGUCCGUGUCGGAUGAGAAAGAGGACCGUCAGUGAUGUCACGUUCUACCAGCGCUAUCCGUACAGACCCGAUCUGGAGACCGUGGUACAGCGCGGCGCGGCCAAGUACAAGGUGCCCGUGUGUCGAGACGCGCGCGCCUGGUCCCAGCAGCCGCGCCGCCGCUCCCUGCUCGGACGGUCAGAGGCAGGGAGGACGGCGGCCGCUGUCGAUACCAUGUCUAUGACGGAGGAGGAGGGCGCUGACUGUGCCGAUAUUGGAGAGAAACUCAGACAGGCCGGUCUGCGCGGCAGCCUGCGCCGCCGCCGACUCACCUCAGACCCCGACGAGGAGCCCGAGUCACUAGACCUGCCAGAUUCGGCCACGGACGGGCCGGCGGGCGGCGAGAGACAGCCGUCGGCAGAUGUGGAGGAUACCAGUCCCGAUAACCAGACGCUCUUACGGCUACUGGAGCAUGGAGAGAAGAUAUCGCACAUGUACCGGUGCGCGCGCAUCCAGGGCCUGGACACGGUGGAGGGCCUGCUGCUGUUCGGCAGGGACCACGUGUACGUAGUGGACGGAUUCACCAUGCUCAAGACCAGGGAGAUCAGGGACAUCGGUAACCUGCCGGCCAACAUGCACGAUCCGAUCGUGCCCUGCCAGCCGACCGGGCGCCGGGUCAAGGACGUCCGCUCCGUCUCCAAGGUGGCCUACGACGACAUCCGGGAGGUGCUCAAACGCAGGUACCUACUGCAGCCGAUUGCGGUGGAGUUUUUCUCAGCGGACGGUCGGAACUACCUGCUGGCGUUCCCCAUCAAAACCAGAAACAAAAUUUACCAGAGGCUACAAUCUGUAGCCACCUCUAUGGCGGACACCCAGGAGAGCGUGGCCGGACAGAAGACCUCGGCCAAUGUGGAUCAGAGUGGCGGCCUGCUCAGCAGUCUGAUGGGGGAGACCAGCGUUACGCAACGAUGGGUGCGCGGUGAGAUGUCCAACUUCCAGUACCUGAUGCACCUUAACUCGCUGGCCGGGAGGUCCUACAACGACCUGAUGCAGUACCCGGUGUUCCCCUGGGUGCUGAAGGACUACAGCGCCGACAAACUGGAUCUCACCGACCCGUCGACGUUCAGAGACCUGGCCAGGCCGAUGGGCGCCCAGACGCCCAAGAGGCUGCACCAGUUCGAGAAGAGAUACCGUGAGUGGGACGACCCGACGGGCGAGACGCCGCCGUACCACUACGGCACCCACUACAGCUCUGCCAUGAUCGUCUGUAGCUACCUGGUCCGACUGGAGCCUUUCAGCACGCACUUCCUCAGACUGCAGGGCGGCCACUUUGAUCUGGCCGACCGGAUGUUCCACAGCGUGGAGGACGCCUGGCGCUCGGCCUCCGAGCACAACAUGGCCGACGUGCGGGAACUCAUACCCGAGUUCUUCUACCUGCCCGAGUUUCUCACCAACGCCAACCAAUUCGACCUCGGUCACAAACAGAACGGGACGGCGCUGGACGACGUGGUUCUGCCGGCCUGGGCCAAGGGUGACCCGCGCGAGUUUAUCAGGGUGCACCGCGAGGCACUGGAGUGUCCCUACGUGUCGUCACAUCUGCACCACUGGAUCGACCUGAUAUUCGGCUGCAAGCAGCAGGGUCACGGCGCUGUGGACGCCUACAACGUGUUCCACUACCUCUUCUACGAGGGAAACGUCGACAUCUUCAGCAUCGAGGACCCACUGAAGAAGACGGCCACCGUGGGUUUCAUCAACAACUUUGGUCAGAUCCCGCGUCAGCUGUUCAAGAAGCCUCACCCGCAGCGGCGGCUGGUUGGCAGCAGUCUGCAGUCUGUGCGCCUCACGAACCGUCUUCUGGACGGGGCCUGGCAGCAGAACAUCAGCGGCAGUGACAAGCUGUUCUUCCACGCGCUGGACGGUCUGAGGCCCAGCAUGCAGCCCGUCAAAGAGCUGAAGGGCCCCAUCGGUCACAUCGUGCCCCAGGAGCGCUCCGUGCUGGCCGUCGAACAGAACAAGUACAUUGUGCCCGGAAACAGCGGACGCUACGUGGCCUGGGGCUUCGCCGAUCACAGUAUCCGCGUGGGAAGCUACGAGACGGACCGCGCCUCCCUGGUGGCCGAGCUCGUCUACAGUGGCGAGGUGCUCUGCUGUGUGGCGCCGAGACCCAAACUGAUCGUUACCGGGGGCACCAGCACGGUGGUGGUAGUGUACGAGUACGGUAAGCGCCGUCUGCAGGUGAAGGCCCGUCUGUGUGGUCACACAGAGGCUGUCCUGUCGCUGGCCGCCAGCACCGCCUACUCACUCAUCGUGUCGGGCUCGCGGGACGGCACAUGCAUCGUGUGGGACCUGUUCCGGCUGACGUACGUCCGUCAGCUGAGAGGUCACUCGGCCCCCGUGGCCGCCGUGGCCAUCAAUGACGUCACGGGCGACAUCGCCACGUCGUCAGGCACGUGGCUGCACGUGUGGACCGUGAACGGCGCCGAGGUGGCACGUGUUAACACGGCUGUGGGCGCCUCCGAUCGGAUGCAGCAGAUCCUCUGUCUGGGAUUCAGUCAGAGUAACGAGUGGGACGCGGAGAAUGUUAUCAUGACAGGGAGCACAGACGGCGUGGUGAGGAUGUGGUCUCUGGACUACGUUCAAGUCCCCGUGGCCUCGCCCUCGCCCGAGGGUAGUCCCGACUCGACCUCCUCCGAGAGGUCGCUGCCCGAGCGUCUGUCCGUCGGACCGGGACAAAGGAGGUCCUCCAAGGCGGACGAGAUCGUACGGAAAAUGUCGCUGGUCAGCGGUGACCUGUCGCCACAGGGCGGCCUGUCGCCCUCGCUCUCGGCCGCUGCGGCCGGCGGUGGCGGCUGGGUGGGUCUGGCCGGCCGCUGCGUGGCCCUGCUGCCUGACGCUCUCAGAGAAGACGUGCGGGAUGUCGUGGAGGCCGUGAGACGCGCCAGUCUGGUGGCUCCGGCGGCCGGCGCGGCGCUGGGGGCACAGAGAGCCGCUCAGGGGACGGACACGGGAACCGUGCUGCUCCGUUCCGGCUCGGAAUCCAGUCUCUCUGAGGGUGGUGAGGGCUCAGAGGACGACAUCCGCUCGUGUGGUACCGGCGGAUCCGCCUCCAAAAGGUCCUCCCGUCGACCGUCCAUGCUGAGGAGACAGCAGGCCGUCUCUGGGGCCUCCGGUGGCGCGCAUACGGUCCAGCUGAGCGCCGCCCUGGAGGCGCUGGCCAGUGUCAGCUCCUGCGAGGAGGCGGACCAGUCUCCCGGGCCGUCGUCCCAGCACCCGCCCUCAGCCCAGUCGCAGUCACAGUCACAGUCACAGGGACAGACAAAGGGACAGGCGCUGGCGGCCGGCAAGGCGCACAGUCUGGAGACGGCUCCCGAACAAACGGUGGUGCGUCGUCAGAAGUCUGAGCACAACACCCAGGAGGCGCGCAAGUCGACUGGUGACCGUCUGAUGCCCCCGGGCGUCACCGCCGGACCCGGAGGGGAGCUCCGGGGCAGCCGGAGCGACACGAACCUGGCCGCCGCCGAGCAGGGCUUUGUGGUGGUGACGGCCGCAGACCUGGCUCCCGGAGCAGACAGAGAGAAAAGGAAACUGCUCAGAGAGGGGUUCCGCUGGCAGUGUCAGCUAGUGUUCCGCAGUAAACUGACUAUGCACACCGCUUAUGACCGCCGGGAUAACGCCGAACCAGCCAGUGUAACGGCCCUGGCCGUGUCCAAGGACCAUCGGACUGUCUAUGUGGGCGACUCCCGCGGCAGAGUCUGGGCCUGGAGCGUCUCCGACUCGACAGGUCCCUCCGACCACUGGCGCCGGGACGACUCGGCCCUGGCGUGCGCGCUCUGCGGCGUCCGGUUCUCUGUGACCGAGAGAAAACACCACUGCCGAAACUGCGGAGACGUCUUCUGUGCCAAAUGCAGUCACCACGAGUCGGAAAUCAUUCGUCUGAGGAUCCUGAAGCCGGUUCGUGUCUGCCAGCGCUGCUUCGACCUCCUCCGGCCGCACUAACCAAUCAGCGCGCUCGGUGGGUCGGCGUCCACCAAUCAGCGCGCUCGGUGGGCGGGCGUCCACCAAUCAGCGCGCUCGCUGGGCCGGCGUCCACCAAUCAGCGCGCUCGAUGGGCCCGCGUCCACCAAUCAGCGACGCGCAACAGCUGACGGCGACCAAUCAGCUCCAGCUGUGGCCGCCAUGACCUCGCCGACAGCCAAUGGGGAGCCUGGGAUACUCUCAGCAGCCAAUCACGAUUGACUUUAAUGUGACGGUAAGAGUUACCCGCUUCUCGUGGUUCUGAGCCACGAGAAGGGCAGCUAUUGGAGGAAUGACAAGGAAAAUCUCCUGGUUUAUCGUUUUUAGUGGACUGUAGAGCCGAGUUUCUGUGCUGAUUGGACAUUGUAGUGUAUAUCGUAUAGCUCUAGUCGCUAGAGUGGCGUCCAGCUAUGUGCCAUACUGCGCUGUUGUGUGUGACGUGUACCGUAUCCAGUCGGCUAUCUGUAUGUGUUUGUCAACGCCAGUUUCCCCCGCUUCUGUCUGUAGUUGUGUGAGUGGCCGAUAGAUGGCAGGGAGCUCUCGCUGUCGACAGACAGAGAAGGGAAAAUCAAAACAUUCCCAAAGGCUGAAGGGUAGAGGUGCGUAGCACCGAGAAAUUGAAAACGAAACGAUACAGGAAAGUGGAAUAGAGUCCACGGGAAGGUCUCUCAAAGUUACGGUGCAUGUUUCCAGCCAGCUAAGGCAGAAGAGUGGACUUUCACGUGUAUGUUACAGGCCAGCUGUCAUGCUGACAUUCCGCUUUGCCGCUAGCCACUGGGCAAACGCUAGGCUUGAUGUUGCUAGUCAUAAGCUGCCUAAGCUGCCCUGAGCUUGCCUAAUCGCUGAGACCAGUUCGUAGGCAUGUAUCCCAGUCGAUGCGCGAAAUGUAUCCGCGAAACUGGCUGAACUUGUAUAUUGACGUAGUCAGUCAUUUCCAACCCUGGCUUAUUCACGCCCUAAGACAUGUGUUGUCGAGGGUAUAAUCUCCUUUGGUUUUGUGUUAGUAAGCGAAUAUCAUGCUGUUUUGUACUUUUAUGCUAUUUCUGAUCGCCGCAAGUCAGCUAUGCUGGUUUCGAUAUGCUAUGUUUGCGGCAUAACUAUCAUGUAUCGUUUUUGCACGUGCGUUAUGCGAGUAGUACGUCCUUCAGACAAACUCUCACAGCUACUUAACCAUCUCUCGCGCUAUGAUGUGAUCUUUUUAGGAAUAUGAAUGCUUUGAUCAUGUAUAACGGUGAUUAUCGAUGAUCUUUCGCUACGCAGUGUGUAUUUAAAUUUAACAAAAAUCAGGCCAGUAUGGAUUCCCUACGUUAAUUUCCAUGAGCUUGUUCAGUAUUAUUAGCGCGGAGGACGGUUUUCGUUGUGACACCUAUGAUACUGUAACCCUUGAUCGGUGAUUGUUUUUGGAGCCGCCGGUUGCACCCUAGUCAUUGCGUCUUUGCACGUAUAUUUAUUUAUCGCCCUGUGUUUCAGUGAUAAUCUAGGCAUUCCUCUGGUAAGACAUGUAGGCACUACGGCUAGUGCGAAGCAUAGUACAUGAAAGAGCACGUGAACAAGUCCGAUUUAAUUGCUGGGCACCUAAAUUGUCGUAGGAUAGCCCGUUGGUCCGCUUCAAAUAUGCAUGCUAUCGCUAAUGAUGAACGGCAAAACGGUUUUGUAAAAAUGAAGAAAAAACGUUAAAAAAAUAUUCACUAAGCUAAUGAGUCGCACAGCGUAUAGUUUCGUCAUAUUGAUGGAAUAUGUAUGUUCCUUUGUUGUCAUUUGGCUUUGUGUUGCGAUUGAAUAUGUUCUGAAGCAGCUAUAUGGGCCCCAUUAUGUCCGAUAUUUUGUCCCGAUUUUUCGACUUGCGAUGUGUCGUGGUUGCACCAAUGCUGAAUGCUGAACUGGAAGAGACGCCAGCCAACGCCUAUGUGAUGUAGUCAAUACAACAGCUCUAUGUGUA